UCUCUCUCUCUCCUCUCUCUCUAUGGAAACAGGAAGAAAUCAAGAUCAGGAAAGCUGUUUCAUAUUUUCAAAACUGGCACUCUCUCAAUGGGGUGAUUACUUUCUUAGCAUAACCAUUAGUGACUCGGAUCUUGAGUUCCUUUCUACAGAGAUUGAGGUAGUAAAACCUAAAGUGAGAGAGCGAUUUUUCAUGUUGUCUUCCAAAGAGGAAGAUGCAGUGAAGAAGAAUAUACUCUUAAUUCAUCUUCUGGGCAGUCUUGGUCUCGCUUAUCAUUUUGAGAGGGAGAUCGAAGAGACCCUCAAACACGCUUUUGAGAAGAUGGAAGAUUUGAUUAAUGGUGAAAAUGAUUUGUACACGAUCUCCAUAAUGUUCCGGGCUUUUAGAACAUAUGGUCACAACAUGCCUUCCGAUGUUUUCAAUAGAUUCAAGGGAAAUGAUGGUAAGUUCAAAGAGUGUCUAAUAGAUGAUGUCAAGGGUUUGCUAAGCUUAUACGAAGCAGUUCACUUCAGGACAACGACAGAUCAUAUAUUGGAUGAAGCAUUAAGCUUCUCACUAGAUCACUUAGAACCACUAGCUUCUGGUCACAGAGAAAGCCCACCACAUGUUUUAAAGCAUGUACAAAAUGCUCUUCACAUACCUCAGCACCGGAAAACCCAAGUUAUUGUUGCAACAGAGUAUAUUUCAUUCUAUGAACAAGAAGAGCACCACGAUGAAACAUUACUCAAGCUAGCAAAGCUCAAUUUCAAGUUCUUGCGGCUUCAUUAUAUCCAUGAGUUAAAAACAGUCAUAAUGUGGUGGAAAGGACUAGACCAUGUAAAGAACCUCCCACUCGGCAUCAGAGAAAGAUCACUGGAGAGCUGGUUCUCGGCAUUGAUGAUGUACUUCGAGCCAAAAUUCUCACUAGCAAGAAUUAUGUCGGCGAAGUUUACCUUAGCUGCCACCUUUCUAGACGAUGUUUGUGAUAAUGGUUCAGUUCCAGAAGUUGAAAGCCUGGUUGAUUGUCUUGAAAGAUGGGAUCCUGAUUACAUGGAAAAUUGUCAGAGUCUCAUGAAGACGACCUUCAAACUUGUGAUGUAUGUUUUUAAAGAGUUUGAAGAAAUAUUGAAGUUACAAGGACGAUCCUUUGCAUUGGAGAAUAUGAUAGAAGAGUUCAAAAUAUUCGCAAGAUCAGACCUUGAGCUUCUCAAAUGGGCACGAACCGGUCAUGUUCCUAACUUUGAUGAGUACAUAGAAACUGGUGGGGCUGCAGGCGGUGUGUAUUCAGGCAUAGCAUGUUAUAUUAUGGGACUUGGAGAGGCCGGUAAGAAGAUCGAUUUUGAAUGGCUAAUGUCUCGACCAAAUGUUGUCCGACAUAUAGCCAGGAAAGCACGUCUCAUGGAUGACAUUAUGGACUUCGAGGAGGAUAUGAAUAGUGGAUACAUUGCAAACGCACUCCAUUAUUACAUAAAGCAACAUGGAGUCACCAAAGAAGAAGCCAUUAGAGAAAUCCAGAAGAUGAUUGGGGAUGUCAACAAAAUUAUAAACGAAGAAUGCUUAAAGCCAACAAACGUUUCACGCUCAGUUAUGCUAGUCCUUAAUUUCGGACGCAUGCUGGAUGUUAUGUGUACAUCUGAUGAUGUCUACAAUCACCGCGGAGGAAAACUGAAGGAAUACAUGAUUGCAUUGCUUGUUGAUCCAAUUCAUCUUUAAGUAAACUCGAGAGUUUUACACGAAUAUAAGGUCACAAUAUGUGGUCCUGUCAAGAAAGUUAUUGGACAUGUAAAGAAAGCUUUGCCACUCACUGAAUCGCUGCCAUGCUUUUUCCUAAUUGGUGUAAUAUAAGGAAAAAUUAUAAACAUUUAAUUUUCAAAACGUGGGUCCGAAGUGGGUUUUAUCCGUCAA